AUGGAAGAAGUCCCGGAACCACAGCCGCCAUCCAGUUCUCAUUGCGCCCUUUGUACAUGCACCAUUCCUGUUAAAUUGUCAUACAGUGACGUUCUAAUCCUCGAGCAGUUUAUGCGGGAAGAUGGUACUGUUCUUCCGCGCGAACUCACAGGACUAUGUAAGAAGCAGCAACUGCGACUUGAGAGAUGUGUAAUGCAAGCACAUUGGGCCGGAUUAUUCCCAGACAAAACCGUACCCGAUUUCGAUAGGGCAGGAUAUAAACGAUUCAACAGGUAA